UGUUUUACCAAAUCUCUAUUUUUGAUGAAAGCACGCAUUUGCCUGUGCACUAAGAAGUAUUGCUCAAAUCCAACAAAACAGAAUAUAAAAUACUGAAAUUACACUAUUUCACGUGUACAACAUCGGCAUCACUAUAUUAUAGUUUUGCAUUUUUUAAAACGACGUUCAUUAGUGUUUUUGGAGCUUUGUCCAUGUUUUCUGCACGCCCACAUUCUGCCGAAUGAGCCUGAGGAGGUCUAUCGCUGGUCGGGGUCUGGACGAGGAGGCCAUCAUUGACCUCGGGAAGACCAGCUCCACCACCAACACCAACUAUGAGACGGAAGACCUGGAGAGCCACAGGGCGGUCUAUGUCGGGGUCCAUGUGCCGCUGGGCCGGGAGAACAAACGCAGGCACCAUGGCAGAGGCCACAAACACCACCGCAAGAGGAGGGAGCGGGAGGAGGACCGCGAGGAGGAGGACCCCACUUAUGACACACCCUCCCAGCGGGUGCAGUUCAUCCUGGGUACAGAGGAUGAUGAUGUGGAGCACGUCCCCCAUGACAUUUUCACCGAGUUGGACGAGCUGUCUUUCAGGGACGGGAGCGCCACUGAGUGGAAGGAGACCGCCAGGUGGUUGAAGUUUGAGGAGGACGUGGAAGAUGGAGGGGAGCGUUGGAGCAAGCCCUAUGUGGCCACCCUGUCUCUACACAGCCUGUUUGAGCUGAGGAGCUGCAUCCUCAACGGCACCGUCAUGCUGGACAUGAGGGCCACCUGUAUCGAGGAGAUUGCAGACAUGUUGAUUGACAGCAUGGUGGCGUCUGGCCAGCUGAAGGAGGAGCUGCGUCAGAAGGUGCGUGAGGCCAUGUUGAAGAGACACCACCACCAGAACGAGAGGAAGCUCAGCAACCGCAUACCGCUGGUGCGAUCAAUCGCAGACAUAGGCAAGAAACAUUCAGACCCGUUCUUGCUUGAGAGAAAUGGGGAGGGCCUCUCUGCCUCCCGCCACUCCCUGAAGCCGGGGUCCUCCGUCUCCAACCUGUCCCAGAGGCGAGAGUCCCGGGUCUCCAUCCUCCUCAACCUCCUCCUGCCAAACUCCUCCUCCAACUCCGCCGGGGGGCCCUCCACCGGACCCUCGCCCCUCACCACCCCCCAGAACACGCCUCCUACUCCCCGCCGCUCCCCAAACCCUCCCCGCGCUUCUGGCCCCGCCCCGGUCCGCCAGGCCAUCCCUGAGGUGGUGGUGUCACCGCCUGAGGAUGACGAGUCUCCACCCACCGACAUUACGAAGGAUGAGGAGGCGUAUUCCGUUCGGCAACCGUCGCUGCAGACUAGAGGGCUCCAGCAGCUGCCCUUAGAAGGGCCACUGAUAUCCACACACUCUGUCCCCAGUAACCUGGAUAGCAGCAGCAAGGCCGGAGACAGGAGGCCCUCCAAAGUUGGGGUGGACAUGAACUUCAUGAAGAAGAUUCCUCCGGGCGCUGAGGCGUCCAACGUGCUGGUAGGUGAGGUGGACUUCCUGGAGAAGCCCAUCAUCGCCUUUGUACGCCUGUCUCCCGCCGUCCUCAUCACAGGGCUCACGGAGGUGCCCGUGCCCACCAGAUUUCUGUUCCUGCUACUGGGUCCACACGGGAAAGGCCCUCAGUACCAUGAGAUUGGCAGAUCCAUGGCCACACUGAUGACAGAUGAGAUAUUCCAUGAUGUAGCGUACAAAGCCAAAGACCGGACGGACCUGCUGUCUGGGAUAGAUGAAUUUCUGGACCAGGUGACAGUUCUGCCCCCAGGAGAAUGGGACCCCACGAUACGAAUCGAACCCCCCAAGAACGUCCCAUCGCAGAUGAAGAGGAAGAUACCCUCCCAGCCCAAUGGGUUGGCCUCACCCUCUGGGGAGAUGUUGGAGGAGGAUGAAGGCCACGGAGCUGGGCCCGAGCUGCAGAGAACCGGACGGAUCUUUGGAGGCCUGGUGAUGGAUAUAAAGCGGAAGGCCCCGUUCUACUGGAGCGACAUCCGGGACUCGUUGAACCUGCAGUGUCUGGCCUCCAUCCUGUUCCUCUACUGCGCCUGCAUGUCCCCUGUCAUCACCUUCGGAGGGCUGCUGGGCGAGGCCACAAAGGGCAACAUAAGUGCCAUAGAGUCUCUGUUUGGGGCGUCCCUCACAGGAGUGGCUUUCUCUCUGUUUGCGGGGCAGCCCCUCACUAUCCUGGGAAGCACGGGGCCUGUCCUGGUUUUCGAGAAGAUCCUCUUUAAGUUCUGCAAGGACUACGGCCUGUCCUACCUGUCUCUGAGGACCAGCAUCGGCCUGUGGACGGCCUUCCUCUGCCUGGUCCUGGUGGCCACAGACGCUAGCUCCCUGGUCUGUUACAUCACCCGCUUCACAGAGGAGGCCUUCGCCGCGCUCAUCUGCAUCAUCUUCAUCUACGAGGCCCUGGAGAAGCUCUUCCAGCUCGGGGAACACUACCCCGUCAACAUGCACAACGAGCUGGACAACCUCACACUCUACUCGUGUCAGUGUUCUUCACCGGCCAACGCCUCCGCUCAGAUCUUGCAGACGUGGAACCAGACAGAACACACACCAGACUCUAUCUCCUGGAACAGCCUCAACGUAUCGAUGUGUAACCUGCUCCAUGGAGAGUUUGCUGGUCCUGCCUGUGGUCACCACGGCCCCUACAUCCCAGAUGUCCUUUUCUGGUCCAUCAUCCUCUUUUUCACCACCUUCUUCCUCUCCUCUUUUCUCAAGGAGAUCAAGACCGAGCGAUACUUCCCUACAAAGGUGCGCUCCACCAUCAGUGACUUUGCCGUGUUUCUGACCAUUAUGAUCAUGGUGCUGGUGGACUAUCUAAUGGGCAUCCCCUCUCCUAAACUCAACGUACCCGACCGCUUUGAGCCUACAUCCAAGCAUCGCGGCUGGCUGAUCUCCCCGCUGGGCCCCAACCCCUGGUGGACCCUGCUGGUGGCGGCGCUGCCCGCUCUGCUCUGCACCAUCCUCAUCUUCAUGGACCAGCAGAUCACCGCCGUCAUCAUCAACCGCAAGGAGCACAAGCUCAAAAAAGGCUGUGGCUACCAUCUGGACCUGCUGGUGGUGGCGGUAAUGCUGGGGGUUUGCUCCAUCAUGGGCCUGCCCUGGUUCGUAGCCGCCACCGUGCUCUCCAUCUCCCACGUCAACAGCCUCAAGGUGGAGUCGGGCUGCUCGGCCCCAGGAGAACAGCCCAAGUUCCUGGGCAUCAGAGAGCAGAGAGUCACCGGCUUCAUGAUCUUUGUCCUCAUGGGCUGCUCUGUCUUCAUGACCUCCGCACUCAAGUUCAUUCCUAUGCCAGUGCUAUACGGAGUCUUCCUCUACAUGGGAGUCUCUUCACUCAAAGGCAUUCAAUUCUUUGACCGUAUCAAGUUGUUUGGUAUGCCAGCCAAGCACCAGCCUGACCUGAUCUACCUGCGCUACGUUCCCCUGUGGAAGGUCCAUGUAUUCACCCUGGUGCAGCUCACCUGCCUCAUACUGCUGUGGGUCAUCAAGGCCUCGGCAGCUGCCGUCGUAUUCCCAAUGAUGGUGCUGGCCCUCGUCUUCAUUCGGAAGCUUCUCGACUUUUUCUUUACCAAGAGGGAGCUCAGCUAUCUGGACGACUUGAUGCCCGAGAGCAAGAAGAAGAAAGAGGAUGACAAGAAGAAGAAGGAGCGGGAGAAACGGGAGGCCCAGGCUUUAUUGCUCAUAGAAGAACAGGUGGGCGUGAAUGCUGUGAAGGUCCAUUAUGACGGUGGGAACCUGCUCAAGAUCCCAGUCAAAACUCUCUCAGGGAGCUCAUGUGACCUCGGCAAUGUUAAUAUCUCUGAGGAAAUGGCCAAAAGCGGGGCAUGCAAAGCAGUGGCGAUGAGCGCCGACUUCGGCCCAUCUAUGAAGCGUAGCCGAAGCCAGGAGAAAGUGGCCUGUGUUAGAGUCAAUAUGGACACCACCGAGGCAGGAGGGCAGAGUUCAGCCUUGGAGACGGCCUUGUGAUUGAGGAGACCUUUGUCCUACCACCCUCUAACCCCACAGAGGGCCACUCUGUUACAGUGAGCAAGGUGAGAGGGUGAGCUAGACCUGGAGCAGAUAAGUCAGACUGGUCUCUGGAGAAGCCCCUUUUGUGCGUCUCCUCGGUCAACAGUUGAGCUCCAGUUACCUCCAGUGGUCCAGUGUAGCUCUGGGGAUCCCGAGGCCCCCUCAGCACACAGAGGACUAACUUCCUUGCAGUGGAGAGCACAUUACUAGGAUAUAAAUGAACCAGACUGACACUGCCCACCGACCCCCACCAUUUUGGGUCAAACUCCAAUGUGAACCAAUUAUUUCCCACCCAUUGCCACAGCUGCCAAAAGAUGGGGCCACCACUGCCACACUGAUGCGGAAUCUUCUUCGAUUGUCAUGUAUGCGUGAAUUUACUUCAUUUUAAAAUGUAUAUUUUCUCAUCAAAAUUUGAAGCGAUAUUUUGUAAAAAAUAAAUACAUUAAGAUUCA